UCCCGCACCAGUCAUUUCGCCGCAUCUGGCAGCCUCGAACGCAUCAUUGGCAACACCCCCCUGCAAGGCUGACCACCGGACCUGAUGCCUGCGACUGCGGCAAACAUAGCACUCAACCUCCAUCUUUAUUCCAGACGAUAUUGAUCAACAGCACACCGACGGCAUACGUUGUAUAGGGUUACCAGCGAAUCGCGGCAACACACCGUCCUUCCCGACCGAUCCUCCAUCUUGCCCCCCCCUCGCACUUCAACGCCCUGGAAGCCAUCCGUGCUCUGUAUACAACUCGUCACAAUCCACAAUCUCAAGACCUCCGCCAUUCUUAUCGCAUCCGACAAGACUGGCCAAGUAAAGAGGAUAAGCAGAACACCCAUCGUGUAGACGAGUCCGACAGCCGAAAUCCAUACCGGCCUCUCACAGCCCUUGGGUUGCUGAAUGCCCUCUCCUCCAGCAUUCAAACCCUCCCUAUCCAGGGCGUCAUGAAUGGGGUUGACUACAAGCGCUUCGUGCGCUAUUUCUACGACCCUCCCCCGAAAUAUGAUGACAUGUCUGGGACGUCAAUAUGGCUCCUGGGGAAAGAAUAUAAGCCUACACCGCCUAAGCCGGUAACUACAACAGACCAUGACGAUGUGGUUGAAGUUGAAUCGUCCACAGACUCCCACGAUCCAUCGGACACAACUGCAUCUACUACAGCAGACACUCAAUCCCAACCACCUCAAAACACCGGCAGUUUCGAUGAUGCUCAGCAUGUUACAGGAGAUAACUUGCCUUCGUUGUCGAAUGACCCGUCCGAUGGGGGCUGGCCACACCCAUUCUUAGACGACUUCGAGUCGCGGAUAUGGAUGACUUACCGCUCCAACUUCACUCCAAUAGCACGUUCACAAGAUCCCUCUUCGAGUGUCGGCCUGUCAUUCUCUGUCCGGCUUCGUAAUCUGACCGAGCGAGAAGGCUUCAGCAGUGAUACUGGCUGGGGUUGUAUGAUCAGAUCUGGACAAUCUCUUCUUGCGAACGCCCUGGUCAUGCUCCAGCUAGGGCGCGAUUGGAGGCGGCCUCAUCACAUCACCACAGACACUCUUUCUGAAACCACCAAAAGCGAGGCUUCAAUUCUCUCCCUGUUCUCCGACUCGCCUGACGCACCCUUCUCCAUCCACCGAUUUGUCCAACAUGGUGCAUCCGCCUGUGGAAAACAUCCAGGCCAAUGGUUUGGUCCUUCAGCGACCGCAUCAUGCAUCAAGGAGCUCUCCGCAGAAUGUGCUGCCGCAGGACUUCGUGUCUACGUUACGCCCUCCGCAUCGGAAGUCUACGAAGAUCGGUUUCGGUCGAUCGCUGCAACGAACCCUACGGAUCCUACACUCAAACCAACGCUGAUACUGCUGGGAAUCAGACUGGGCCUUGACAGGAUUACGCCAGUCUAUCAUGAAGCCUUAAAGAGCGCACUCACGUACCCGCAAUCAAUUGGAAUAGCAGGUGGCCGGCCCUCUUCUUCGCACUACUUCGUUGGCUGUCAAGGCGACCAGUUCUUCUACCUCGACCCACACGAGACGCGACCUGCUCUACCCCAUCACGAUAAUGCUUCGGAUUACACGGAGGAGGAGAUCACUACUUGCCAUACGCGCCGUCUGAGGGGUUUGCGCAUCAGCGAGAUGGACCCAAGCAUGCUCAUCGGAUUUUUGAUCAAGGACGAGGCAGAUUGGAAGGACUGGAAGCGCAGACUUAAGGAGGUUAAGGGCAAGGCAAUCGUCAGUGUCUUUGACAAGGAACCGCCCAUUCCUGGAGAGACGAAGGAACGCAAGGAGGCUGUCGACGAAGUUGAGACAUUUGACGAUGAGGAUGAAGACAAUGAUGCUGUUACAGUCACAGGCACGGAAGAGCAGGCCGAAAACAAGGGCACGAGUCAAGGUGAAGAUGAACCGGUGCGGGUGGAACAUAACAAGGAUGUCCCGUUGGAGGUGGCUUGAGAUUAUAAUGAUUUCUUAUGAUGAAUGGCGGUAUGGCGGUAUGGCGGUAUGGCGUUUUGGGUGGAUUGCAUCGGGGUUUGAUACCGCUGCUCUUAUACCAUGAUAACAUGAAACAUCCGUACUGGUUCGCAGUGUCCACUCGUAUCAGAUCACAAACCAAGCCAGAUUCAAGUCAUAAUCCAGACUAUCCGUAGCUGCUGCACGCCCUGAUGCUGUUGUCAAAACGUACCGGCUCUAGCAUACACUGAUACCGUUGUCGUGGUUGCCUGUGCUUGCUGUCCCAGCCACGCCCAUGACAGUCUCAUCGCGUGUUUACAGUACAUGCCUUGUCUAGCGCGUCCGUGGGUCAGAGCGCGUACCAAACAUUGCUGAACUCACCUUCGAAUUCCAAUACGGAAGACACUCUAGGAUG